GGAGGAGGAGAGAAAAGAAGGGACGCCUAUUUUCCCAUCGCUGCCACCUCUUCUGCAGCUCCAUUCAUCCUGAUCUGGUGGGAUGCAUCUCCCUGAGUAUCCCCCCACCCAGGUUGUUGUUGUUAGUAUUAUUCUGUCUCUCCCCCCUCCCUCUGUCUCCCAUCUCCAUUUCUGAAAACAACAGAGACCAGCCGUGGAUUCUCCUCUGAGCAGGCUGGGAGCAGGAGGUUUGUGUGCUGGAGGAGAGGGGAGAAGGGAGAAGGUUCCCUGGUGGAGGUUCUCCAUCAGGCUGGAUUGGAAAACAAGGGAGAUUUCGCCUCCUCUUUGCUGUCCCCACCACCACCACCUCUGGCAUCCGUCCAUCCGGUCCCUGAUGCUUCUCUUCUUUACAUGAAAAGGCCGUCUGUGUGCGGAAGGCAUGGCAUGAGCUAAGACGACUCUCCUGGAGAGUGACCUUUGAAGAUGUCGAACCAGAGUAACGGUGAUACGAAACCUCCAUGUUUACCCCGGAACGGACUUGUGAAGAUUCCCGCCCAGGCCAAUGGACUCGGCUCUGCCAGCAUCACCAAAGGGACUCCAGCGAUGAAAAACCGCUUGUGCCAGCCUUCAUCUGUGCCUGCUCUCAUCGGUCCAGCCUUAGCAAAUCACAGCGACCUGCCCAUCCCCGGCCUGGCGCCGCCCUUGUCCUUGGCAGCUCUGGCCGGGGUGCCAUCUCCUUCUGGAGCUGCCAUGGUGGGACUGAACUCCAGCGAGGCUUCCCCGACAAACGGGGAGGUCACUUCCCUCGAAGGCCUCUCCGGUUCCCCCAGUGAACGGCAGCUGGCUGUGGAUGAGAAGAUUCUCAACCGCUUGUUUACGUACUUUUCCGCCUGCGAGAAGUGUGUCCUGGCCCAGGUCUGCAAGGCAUGGAGGAGGGUCUUGUACCAGCCCAAGUUCUGGGUGGGCCUAACGCCGGUGCUACACACCAAAGAGCUUUACAACGUCCUGCCCAGUGGAGACAAGGAGUUUGUCAACCUCCAGGGUUUUGCUAUCAGGGGUUUUGAGGGGUUUUGCCUGGUUGGAGUCUCCGACCUGGACAUUUGUGAGUUCAUCGAUAACUAUCCUCUGUCCAAGAAAGGGGUGAAAUCCAUGAGCCUUAAGAGAUCGACCAUCACAGACGCAGGCCUUGAGGUCAUGCUGGAACAGAUGCAAGGGGUGUUGCGGCUGGAACUGUCCGGGUGUAAUGAUUUCACCGAAGCUGGCCUCUGGUCGAGCCUGAAUGCCCGCAUCACUUCCCUGAGCGUCAGCGACUGCAUCAACGUGGCCGACGACGCCAUUGCCGCCAUCUCCCAGCUGCUGCCCAACUUGACCGAGCUGAAUCUCCAAGCCUAUCAUGUGACGGACACGGCCCUAGCCUACUUCACUGCCAAGCAGGGUUACACAACCCACACCCUCCGCCUGAACUCCUGCUGGGAGAUCACAAACCAUGGGGUGGUCAACAUGGUGCACAGCCUCCCUAACCUGAGUGUCCUCAGCCUCUCUGGCUGCUCUAAGGUGACGGACGAUGGCGUGGAGCUGGUGGCAGAGAACCUCCGCAAACUCCGAAGCUUGGACCUGUCAUGGUGUCCUCGGAUCACAGACAUGGCCUUGGAGUACAUUGCCUGUGACCUGCACAAGCUGGAGGAGCUGGUGCUUGAUAGGUGUGUGCGGAUCACAGAUACCGGACUCAGUUACUUAUCCACCAUGUCAUCUCUUAGGAACUUAUACCUCCGUUGGUGCUGCCAGGUUCAAGAUUUUGGCCUGAAGCAUCUGCUGGGAAUGAGAAGUUUACGCCUCUUGUCUGUUGCUGGUUGUCCUCUCCUGACCACAACUGGGCUCUCGGGCCUCGUCCAGCUUCAGGACUUAGAAGAACUCGAGUUGACAAAUUGUCCAGGGGCCACUCCAGAGCUUUUCAAAUAUUUUUCCCAACACUUGCCCCGUUGCAUGGUGAUCGAGUAAGCCGCUCCCUGGAAGAAUCUGACCAUCGUCUGGAGCCAGGUCCUCCAAUCCCAACCCAGCACUGACCAACCAAUCAGAGUCAUGGUUUUAUUUAUUCAUUUAAUAUAUCUAUCUAUAUAUAUAUAUAUUUUUUCCGGGAGAGAUGCUGUGACUUAUAAACCACACAUGCACACUGAGAGAGAGAGAUCAACGCAACGUGUGGCAAAUCAUAAGCCAAGAGUUAGAUCGUGCGUAUGAAUGACUAGCGCACUUUGCAUGUGCGUCCACGUCCCAUGAAGCUGUGGCAGUGGCAACUUGGAAGAAAUCCCUCCUCAAGUUUGUAAAAUCCCCAUGCCUCCAUCACCUCCCGUCUUCCUUGUAGUGAUCUGUCCUGAAAUCUUCAUUUUUGAAAAAAAUAACGAUGCUUAAAAAAAACAAAAAAAACACAAAAACACAAAUGAAAAACAAACAAACAAAGUGGUAUAUGGAAAGAAACAAGAAUCCGCUGUGGCAGAUUGGCAAGUUGGUGGCAAAAGCUGCUGCCGCUCAGUGCUGGAUCAAAAGUGGUUUCCGGCCAAGUGCUGGUGGGUAGAGGUUCGCCUGUGUCCCCCCCUGCCCGGUCUUGGGUGGGUUGUAAUGCAAGAAUAAGGGGAGAUAGACCCCUUGGUGGCCUUCCAGGUAUGGAUUCUGGAUGGCCGAGCCUUCGGUUGAAACAGUCGGCGUCGUUCGAGGUAGAGGUGGAAAGCUGAAGAAAAGAGAUAGAGGAAGGUCGAUUCAGGAUGAAUAAUGGAGCGGUUGCGGAUGCGUGUUGGGUUCCACCUCUGGAUUCCAAGAAUGGGACGCUGCAAUGAAGUGUUUAUAGGAGGAGACGAGGGAGGGAAGAAAAUUAUAGAAUAAGCAAACCGAUCAACGCUGUGAAAGAAAGCCUUGGCGCUUGUCCCCGUGACUCUUGGGAGACCGGGGUGGAUGGGUGCUCCCACAGGCAAAAGCCGGUGUAUUGACUGUAAGUCAUCUUCACAUGAAGAGAGCAAUUCAAGGAGCAAAUGUUUCCCAGGAAAUGGAUUUAACAAACAGUCAUCUGAACAAUCCUGGCUGACCCUAAGGUCAUGCCAUGCUUGGCAGGCAGCCAUCUGCCUCCCUCUGGGUUGUUUUUUUAAAAAUUAUUAUUCUUAUUAUUUUGCUAAUGAUGAAGGGUUUUUUCUCCUUCUUCCCUUCUUCCUCUCUUCGGAACAAACCCGCAGCUUUUGCAUGCUCGCUUGCUUCCGUCUUGUGGUAAGGUAGACUCUGGAUUUUGCUUCGUCUUGGGCAGGGCUGUGGGCAGCAGCCUUGACCCUGGGCUCAGCUUGUCUGUUCCAGUAUAAAGCUGGCGUGGCUUUGUAUUUCCAUCCACGUUCCAUUUACUGAUGCACAGGGAUUUUUCCGCUGUGUCUUCUGCUUCCGCCCAGAGGAGAUGGAGGCAUCUCCUUCCCCUGAACCUCCCGCAAACCACCCCCUUACACACCAGUUCCUUCCUUUCCUUACGCAACCCUGCCAACCGAAGUGGGCAAUGCGGAGUAGGGGUGAGGGAGAGAUUCGAUUCAGUUUGUGUUCGAAUACGAAUCUACCUAAUCCCACACUUUCCGUAGUGAUACGCCAACCAAAACACGGCCCUCUUUCGCACUUCUCUGAAUUUUGCAAUGCAAUUCCGCAGCCAAGUAAAUGUGCAAAUUAAAUAUGCAUAUACUGGGGGGAAGAGUGCAUAACAAUCCAUUUGUUGGUGCAAAUAAAUGUAGGAAAAUUCAUUAGAGCAAGGGAAAAUGCUUUGCAAAAAAAUGUGUAUAUUAGAAGGAAUUCACACUAAAGGAAAUACUGGUGAAUUUUCAUGGUGGGUUUUUAAAGGAAGAGAUGCCAACUGGUGUGGAAAUGUGGAGAACUCAGUUUUAGACUGGGAAACUGAGAAACCAAAAAUGGAUAGGUUUACCCAUCCCUACUCCAGAGUCUAUUGCCCUGCCCUCUCCUGGGUCAAGGAUCGGGCUGGCCAUUGCUUGACGAUCCUUGACAUUGCUUGGUAGCUUUUUGAAGUCCUUUUCAGGGCUCUUGUUGUCUCUCGGGUGCUGGAGGGCAACCUCAAUAACUCAGGCACUCCACUCUCAACCAUCCACCUCCUUCUUCUGCAAGCUACCAUAGAGAUCCACCCCAAAGAGGCACAACUAGCUACAGGAUCUGGACAGGCACCUCUGAAGCAGCUAGGACGUGUUGUAUCCUGGUGGUGGAAUCUCCUGUCGGGACAGUUAGAGCUGCCACUUUAUUGAUGAGCAAUGCUCGCUUGCCAUUGCCGCUCUCUCUAGUACCUGUACACACACACAUACCCCUUCUGCCCAAUUCACUGCUUUGGAAGAAAAGGGAGGAAGCUCGCCUCCAAACAGCAAAGGCUUCUCACCUUCUCCUUUUGGGGAAUGGUAAAAAAGAGAGGCUACUUCCAAUUUCUCUGGAUGGUGCAAGUGUGUGUCCGCAGGCUAACCCAAGUUGCCACGGUGGCAGUCCUGUGCACCCUUACCUGGGAGUAAGACCUGUUGGACAUGGUGGGCCUUACUUCAGACUAAGCAUGCUUAGGAUAGCACUGAGGGAUGUAAGCCAUGAUUUGUGCCGUGUUUCUGCAGAAAUGAGAGGAGGGAUUUUCAGGGAGGGCUCAGAAGCCUUUUGCUGCCUCACUUCUUGCAUCUCGCUGCAUGGGGCAAGUGCGUGCCCUCCUUGCGGGUUUUCCAGGUGUUUGCAGCCCUGUUUCCUUUUUCCACCCAGGUGGGACAAGCAAAGGGGCAGAAAUGGAUGCUAAUCGCCUAUUGCGUCCUGUUCUUCAGAGGCAGAGAAAGCGGAUGUUGCAAAUGGUACACACAACCCAAGCAACAUUGUCCCAAAGGUUAGGGAAAGGAGGUCUAAGCUCUCCCUAGUGGCUUUUGCCCAAAUUAACCUGGCUCGCUUGGAAUUCCAGCACCCAAAGCAACCACCUGCACUGCCUAUUGUCCCCCUCCCCGCCUGGCGCUGGCUGGGGCUGAUGGGAGUUGUAGUUUGAAACACCUGGAGUGUGCCAGGUUGGUGAUAGCUGACCUAUUGCUCUGGGCCAGCCCCAGAUAUUUUACUACACACUGUGCCAUUUCCUAUUCAUGGUGUUUUGGUGGCCUUCUCAUUACGGUUUUGUGGUGGCAGGUCCAUUAGGGCAACCUCAGUGUGCCCUCAGCCAGCCUUCACAUGACUGCCUUCUUUCUUACAACCAGUCCAGCAUGUGGCACUGCCUGUCAACUUCCCCCUCCUGUGUUGCCCUUGUAGAACCCAGCAGGCAGGAGGAUGGGGGCAAAAGUAGAACUAGUUGGCUCUGCCUGCCAUUAGCUCUGGCGCCACCUACUGUUGACCUCCCUGCCUUCUGCCCCACCAGUCCCAAUGGCCACCAGCCACCGCCGAACAACGAUAUUCCUCCAGUCUGUGGCUUGGAGAAACAGGAAUGUGUGAUGCCGAAGAAGCGGCCUCUGAUUCUAAUGUCCCCAUCGUUCUUCCUGCAGCUAAGCCAUCAUCCCCAAUACCAGCAGAAAGAGACCACAGGCACUGUCCAGCCCUACCUCUGUUGAGUCUUCCCAGCAUUAUCACCGCGCUGGGGCUUAAUUUGAGCCGAUGAUUCAGCUCCAGCACUAGUAAUGCAUUUUAUAUUGAUACUGCUCACUAAAGGAGGACAGUCUCCCACCACAUCUCCCACUCCCUGCUCAUCCCUCUCCCCACUGUACAACAAUCUAUUAUUUCAUUCAUCUUUUAAAAGAUGUACAGAUCAAAGGUUUUCAAAAAACACGGAGCAACUUUCUUUCCCUUUUUGGCAGCUAUGAGAUUACUCACUGCCUUCCUCUCAGUUUUUAGAGCUCUGUUUAGGUUCACUGUUAUCCUCAGAGCUCUAGAGCCCUCUACUGCAUGAAGUGGUCCUGGUGGGUCCUCCAGGAGAAAGCCUGAGACUCUUUGCAUCACACAUAGCAAGCGCUGCAUUUGCCUGCCCUUUUCUGGUCGCAGAAGCCCUCGCAAUUCCGUCCCAUUAACUUCGCUCCUCUUAUCAGUAGCUUUCCUACAUACCCUGCAAGCAGUUCCCUCUUCAAGGUUAACUGAUAGGUCUGGUUUGCUACAGCCUCCUCCUCCCUUUAGCCCUCAAAGGCAGCAGCUCUUAGCCUUACAUUGAGCCUUGGCCUCUCCCUCCCCAGCCGCACCUCCUCCUUAUAUAUUGGCAGUGGAGGCUUGUCCAUCAUGGUGAGUGAGGCAUCCACCCCAGUCUGGCCCCAGCCAGUCUCCACCCACCUGCCUUCUUACUCACAUGCAACCCAGGAGGUGCCAGGACUGCCUGUUGGCUUCCUCCUCCUUAGUCUCAGUGUUGACCUUGCAGACUGCAGCAGGGAGUUGUAGGACGGGGACAAAACUAGAAUGAGUUGGCUCUGGCUCUGCCUCCUGUUGGACUCCCCUGAUUUCUGCCUCACUAGUCCCCGGUGGGCACCAGUCAUCACUGUAUAUUGGCAGGGGAGAACAGAGGAUGAACAAGCUCUAGCUGGUGCCUUCUCAGAACAUUAAACCUUUCUCCCCAGCUAAAGGUGUUUCGAGAUGGGUGUUUAUUGUGGGAUCUGAAGCAGGAGUCCAGACAGUGUUACCGACAUCAACUUGCCAGCCCAUAUUUAAUUCAGCUGUACCUUUCCAGUGAAAACCCAUUAAGUAAAACCCAAACCCAUUGCCUAUGACCCGUUUGCAAUAUCUCAAUGGCUUGAUUAUUAUAAAUUAAACCCUAUCGAGAAGACCCUAAGGCUCCUUGAAAGGUAUAACGGAGAUUUUCCCAACUUAGCGCCUUCCAGGUGUUUUGGACCCAUCAGUUCCAUCCAGCACAGACAUUGCGAGUGACUAGCAAACCAACCAAAGUAAGGUUUGAUGGAGUCUACCUAAUCUUUCUUCUCACGGUUGAGAAAGAGUUCCCAUGUGUUCCUGGAACUCUGGAUUGAUUGUUAUAAAUUCAAUGGCAAUUCAUGUGUUUUUUACCAUCCUUGGCCAGGGAUCUAACUAUGUCUGCAGAUCUCCUUAGCAGAACUAGAGUGCUUCCUUUCUGUAAGAAGGGUUUUGUCAAUUCCCCAGAAAUUAUCUCGGAGGUUCUGGACUACAACCAGCUGGGACUGAUGGGAAUUGUAGUCCAAAACUUCUGGAUGGCACCAGGUUCCU